UCAUUCAAAAACCAAACUCAAAAAUCACAAAAAUCACAAAAAUCUCAAAAAUCAAAAAAUUUUCAAUCUCAUUCAUUCUCUUUCCCAAUUGAAAAAUCAAACCUUUACACUAAAAUCCCACUUACACAAACUCAAAUAGUUGACCCAAAUGGAGAAUCUAUUUCGUCUUGUUGAUAACCAAGAUUUCUUCAACAAUCGCCGGAAUAUUCUAAUCAACGGUCCGAUCAUCAUCGGAGCCGGACCUUCGGGUUUAGCCACGGCGGCGUGUUUAAAAGAACAAGGUGUACCCUUUGUUGUACUAGAAAGAGCCGAUUGUAUAGCUUCAUUAUGGCAAAGAAGAACAUACGAUAGGCUCAAACUUCAUCUUCCAAAACAAUUUUGUCAAUUACCAAAAAGACCUUUCCCGGAGGAAUUUCCCGAAUACCCAUCAAAGAAACAAUUCAUUCAUUACCUUGAAGAUUACGCUAACCACUUUGGAAUCAAACCCCAGUUCAAUGAAUGUGUUCAAUCAGCUAGGUACGAUGAGACAAGUGGAUUUUGGCGCGUGAAAACAACCACAACAAGUAGUGAGAGUGGUCGGUCGGAAGUUGAGUACAUUUGCCGGUGGUUAGUUGUUGCCACCGGAGAAAAUGCAGAGUGUGUUGUACCGGAAAUUAACGGUCUUUCUGACUUUUCCGGUGAAGUUGAACACGCUUGUGAGUAUAAAUCCGGUGAAAAAUAUAAAGGCAAGAAAGUUUUGGUCGUUGGGUGUGGAAAUUCCGGCAUGGAACUUUCUCUUGAUCUCUGUAAUCACAAUGCAUUGCCAUCAAUGGUGGUUCGAAGCUCGGUUCAUAUAUUACCAAGAGAAAUUUUUGGAAAAUCAACGUUCGAGCUUGCUGUGUUGUUAAUGGCUUGGUUACCACUUUGGUUAGUUGAUAAACUAAUGUUGUUCUUGUCAUGGUUAGUACUUGGAAACAUUGAAAAAUAUGGUCUUAAAAGACCAACAACAGGACCAUUAACACUCAAAAACACAGAAGGAAAGACACCAGUUUUGGAUAUUGGAACAUUGGACAAAAUCAAAUCAGGUGAUAUUACAGUUGUCGCUGGAAUCAAGAGAUUUACUAGUAACCAAGUUGAACUUGUUGAUGGUGAAAUUCUUGAUAUUGAUUCAGUCAUUUUAGCAACUGGUUACCGAAGCAAUGUUCCUUCUUGGCUUCAGGAAGGUGAAUUUUUUUCCAAAAAUGGUUUUCCUAAGGCUCCAUUCCCACAUGGUUGGAAGGGUAAUGCUGGUCUUUAUGCAGUUGGGUUUACAAGGAGAGGGCUUUCUGGUGCUUCCUCAGAUGCCAUGAAAAUAGCUCAAGAUAUUGGUCAAGUUUGGAAACUUGAAACCAAACAACAAAAAAAGAGAACAACUGCUUGUCACAGACGUUGCAUUUCUCAGUUCUAAAAAAUAAAAAAAAUCCCAAAAAAAAAUGAAAAAAAAAAAUUAAUCAUAACAACAAAUUCUCACUAAUUGUUUUAGUUUGAGGUGUAUAACAAUAACUUAAAACAAAUACUGUAUAUUACAGAAGAAGAAGAUGAUGAUGAUGAUAGUGAUGAUCAUACUAGCCCUCUCCAAAGGCCCUAAUAUUUUUUUUAAUUAUUUAUUUAUUUUUAUUUUCAUUUUUUUAACUUAGAGAGUUUUUUUUUUCGGGCAUUUUUGUAAUCUGAGGAUGAUGAGGCUUUGUAAUUUUUUUUUUUACUUAUAUACAGCUUUUUGUAAUA